AGCACGGAGCGCUGAGCGCCCAUCUCCAAAUAUAAACUCACCAGGACUCUUCCUCACGCCUGCAGCAUGAACUGAUUCCCAACGCUAACCAUCAUGGCAAUGAGAGCACUGGCAGCCGCCUUCAACAGAGUGCGUCAAGAUGACUCGAAGGACGUCCCUCUUGAAGACCUCAAGGAUACAGCUUUGCCACCUGCAGUGCCUGCGCCCCCAUAUCGACAUGCUGCACCGUCGGGACCAUGGCCAUGGAUGGACGUUAACGCCGUCGUUUUCAAGAGCUCUCCAACUGUCAAUAUUGAUCAAUCCUGGCCAGGGUAUCCUCAGAACCAGUUUGGGAACUGGACUCAGGAUCAAGUGGAGCGCAGCCAGAUGCUCGAAAGGUGUUCGAAGAAUCAGUCUAGCACCGUUUAUUGGAUGGAUGUACUUCACAGCCGGGAGUUUGCCGCCUCAAACAUUGGAGGGAACGGUCAUAUUACGGUAGUGGACACUCAACGUGAGGGAUCAGAGGGUGAAUUUUGGAAUAUAUUACAGGGGCAGCGACCAAAGAAUAUCCGGGUGCGAUCGUUAUUCGUGGAUGACUUAACGUCACCUGUCUUACGCAUGCUUGGGACAAAAUACAACAUCGAGCCAUUCUUUUUCACGUCUUCCAUUAAUUGGAUACCCUCACGAUAUCAGGAAGCGCCUAUCCAUGGAGAAGGAGACCACAUAACUAUUACCCUGCCAUUUGUACGAGCGAUGCCGGGAUGUCCAACACUUAAAUCCGCGGGUACCAAAAUCAACACCCAGGCUCAUUAUCCUAUGGGCGAUCAGAUGCUCGUGAUCGACCUCCUCGCAAUCCACAUGGUCCGCGGUGUAAACACGAACACCAUUAUCUCCUACCAUCCCGAUUCUGCAUGGCGCCGAACUUCCGCGAAGCAACUCCACUCGCUCAUGCAGCUGGUGGGGGGUAGUGUGUACUGGCAGAAAAUAUUCAGCAAGUCCGAAGACCCGACCUUCGUGUUCCUCGCGAUUUUGUGGUAUGCGCUAUAUGCAUGGGAUGAGUCCUUUGAGUUGCUAGACAACCAUGUCAGUGAUCUGGAAUCACAAGUGCUGAAAGAUCAUGGGCUCAGUCGCGAGCUUCAUAUCCUCCAAGCGCAUCUUCUGCACUAUCAAGCGCUCCUUCAUAGCUUUGAGGUAUCAGUAACAUUUAUCGAGAAGACCCAGAAUCCGGCCAUGGAGUCCAGUGUCUUUUCUGACGAACAGCGCGUAGAGUCGAAUGGACUUAUGAAGAGGGAGUGCGAGAACCUCAUCGGCGAAAUAGAUCGUCUUGAGAAGCGACGCAUGAUGAUGAGCAGCCGACUGAAGAAUGCGACGGACCUUGCUUAUGCUAGUGUCAAUCUUCAGGACAGUAAACAGACGCGGACGCUGACUGAGACGACAGUCAGGGACUCGGCGGCCAUGAAACAGAUUGCGUACCUCACGAUGAUCUUCCUACCGGCAAGCUUCUUAGCCUCCGUCUUUGGGAUGAACGUCGCAGAGAUCAAUCCAACAUCUCUAGAGACAAUCCCUCACUACGUCGAGACCACUAUUUCGCUCACGCUCCUCACAGUUUAUAUCGUCAUCACGCUUCAGACGCAUAGCUCAUUCCACAAGGACAAUGCCACGUUCUUGCAGCGUGCAGCGUGGCCGGUUCUUUCUCUCAGGAGGAUUGUGUUCAAGACACCGGCCGGGGCCAAGAAUGCAAGCGCGAAGACGGUGGAUGACAUGGCGUGAUGAGAUUGAUGAUGGAUUCACGACAUACAUACAAGCUUCCGACUUAUGAUUCGCUGAAUGACUACUGAUGCCGUUUGCUCUGUCUAUACUGUUCCCACAUAUUUUUAGAGAUCUACGAUGUACCCGUGUCCAUUUGAUACUCCCUCGAUAAUCAAAUUUACAUUGCACAAUCA